UGCCCGACCUUUGCUUGCACAGUCUCUCUCGCUUCGGCAUUGCUACGGAAAACUACAGGAAAAGGCUAUUCUCAUGAUUCGAACUUCCUCUGAACUAUUCUUCAAGUAAAGACGAGCGGUUUCAAUGCGGCCCCACGUUCUCUUCACCCGCCCCUAUAUGUUCUUUGUCGCCCUGCUUGUUGCGGUGUUAGUUAUUCUCUGGCAAACGCAGCGGGGAAAUGAAGAAACGGUUCCAGGCUUUCGUAACUCAAAAUCCUCGUCAAACCAAGAAUCGAUAAGUGUAUUGCGAGAUGAGCUGCGUGCCUUCCGCAAAGAAUUACAAGAAUCACAUAAAAAGUCUCUGGAAUCAGCAAACAAGACAGUGCUCGUUGGCCUGUUAACAGUUCCAGAUAAGAUUCAACGACGUGCCCUAAUUCGAGCCACGUAUUUGCAACUCAAACCGCCUGGGGUCGACUUUUACUUUGUUUUCGGAAAACCAAAGGCCCCAGAAAUCGCGCAUCUCCUUGCAUGGGAGAAGCGUAUAUACAAGGAUAUCAUGAUAUUGGACUGCGAUGAAAACAUGGACAACGGGAAAACUUUCCACUUUUUUGACUUUGUUUCUCAUACGUUUCCCGACGGCCGAUAUGAUUUUGUCAUGAAAACGGAUGAUGAUGUGUUUCUGCAUCUGCCGAAUUUAGAGAAGCGAUUACGUGGACUGCCAAAGCAUGGCACAUACUUUGGACGAAACCCUGGUGGGACUGGGUUCAUGGCCGGCCUUGGAUACGUGUUGUCGUGGGAUCUUGUUAAAUGGGUCGGCUCCGAUCCGUAUCCACAACAAAAUAAAGAAGGCCAGGAGGAUGGAAAGGUAGCGAGUUGGCUAAGGUAUGGCAACAAGAUCACACAUUGGGUUUCAGAGGAUGAGGAAAUAUAUGACGAUCCGGCGAGCGGUCGAGGAUGGGCACAUCCCUACACCCCAGGGACGAUCUUGAUACAUAGACUUAAAGAGGAUAUCCCUUUCCUUACAGCUUGCGCACAUUUUUUGGAUUCUGCGUUAGCCGAUCUGCAGAUAUCGUAACUAUUUAUCCUUACGUUAAAAAAUGAAAUGCUUAUCGCGGGGCCAAUUAGGGCACCAGACUGUUUACCGCC